AUGGAUGAAGACCUGAUUUUGUUGGGUUUCAGGCAGACUCCAAAAUUAUCAAUCACACCACUGACGCCACAGUCCAUUCAUUCUCAUCGAGGUGGCGAGGAUGUAUUUUGGUCGCAGAAAGCACCCACUAGGCAAUUUGAUCCCGCAGCAAAACCACCAAGUAUACCACCCUCGUUCUACCCCGAUAUGUCGCCCCGUGGAGUAGAUUUCAACGUACCACGACAGAUGCCACCACCACCUGCCAAUGCCAACGACCAGGCAGAGACAAGUCGUGCUCCGUCCCCCAAUUUGAGGCCUCGCGUAGAGGAGGAUUCUCUCAUGAAUGGUAAAAUGAGUUAUGGCCUCGCCACACUUUUUGGAGACUCUACAUUGCAACAAACACUCACGGGUCGAGAAUCUAAGAAACCAAUCAAUUACACCAUCUCAGAAGACCAUACAACGGCGCACAAGGAGCGUUUUAAGUCGCAAUUCAUGGCUCUCAGUGGUUACCAUACGGCUCGGGCGGGUCAUUUGACAGACUCAUACCACCCUUAA